AUGUUUCGUAAUAGAAAAUCUCCAUUAACGACAAACAAUAGCAAAAAAGAAGAGAACAUGGAAGAAGUGUGGUUUUUCUUCAAGUUAAUUGAAACGUUACUUGGGUCUACCUGUAUGAUUUUCCACAUUCAGGGAUUCCUCGAUGACCGUCAACCCUUACCUCAUCAAAUGUAUUUUUGUGGGACAUUUUUCGGAUUCACAAUAAUUGCAAUAUUCGGAAAUAUAGGAAUCAGCUUAGGUUCAAGACCAUCGAUGCUAAUCGAAGCAAUAGUAAGUGGAGUUGCUUCUUUGUUUUUUAUCCUUUCAUCGAUAUUUUCAAUGUACCAUGCGGAAAAAGAUUUUCAUUUGAUGUAUUUAUCCGAUUAUGAAGAAUCUAUCCAUCCGUUUUUUGCAAUAAGUAAAAAACAAAGUAUAACAGCUCUUUGUUGUGGCUUAUUUUAUAUGUUGCAUACAGUGUUUGCUGUUGAUGCUAUUCUAAUCACAGACGAAAUACAAUUUGAUGAACAAGGGGCACAAGCCGAGAAUAUAGCAAAAGCUGAUAUAGAAUGCUAUCAGCCUAUUAAGUUAUACAUUUGCGGAAAGGAGUUGAACGAUAUACUGGAGAAACAAGAAUGGUUUCUUAGAAUAACCGGCCAGGAUGUGAGAAAUGCACGGAAUGGAAAAAUUCAGAAAAUAAUGAAAGACUUGAAAUAUGUACGGCACGAUAAUAUUAUAUAAUGAAAUAAAAUUGACCAAGUCUAUUUUUUUCAUUUUCAAAAUUGGAACUUCAUUGAUAAAUAAAUAAAAUAAACAAACCUGUUCAUUUGAA